AUGGAGGAUAGCACAUCUAGUUUUAUUGGUGAAGAAUUGAGAAACUAUAUCAAGCUUAAACGAAAACGAAGGUGGGUGAACCGAUUUGUGGUCUUGAGCUCAGGAAUGCUUUAUUAUUUCAAAACUCCAGCUUCACUCAAACCAAGGUGCGUGAUCAGUUUAGUCGGGUGCCAAGUUAAUAACCUUGGCGUGGAAAAACGAGAAUAUAUCCUAGACAUUUCAAAGCCAAAUCAUUACUCAAUCAAACUUGCUUUUCCAUCCCAAAGCGAGUAUAACUUAUGGUUCAUGAGAUUAUCAAGUUUUGCUGAACAAUAUAAAGAAGACCCAGACCACGUACCCAGCUCAUGUUUACAUCAAGAAGAAAGGAAAAAAAUGAAUAGAGAAAACCUUCAACUUAUAGAGCAGCUACCAAUUGGCGAAAUACCUAAUCUUACAAAGCAACAAAUUGAAGAAAUUGUGGGAAAGAAAUAUGUUUUAAUCAGAUCAGAAGGCUCAGGAACUUAUUCCGAAUGUGCUGGUAAUAAGGCUGAAAACCGUUCGAUUGCAAAGUAUGGCCAGAUCGGAUUUAUAGCUGGAGCAUUGAUUGUUAGUCUUAUAUCUCAUUUUGCUUUAGGAAAUGCUUUAACAGGAUUAUGCUUUGCUCUUAUUGUAGCUGUCUAUUAUCCACAUAUGAUAUCAAGUAAAUCAGCUUCAGCUGCUCAAAAGAUCCAAUUCAAAACGACCAUUCUUAUCAACUCAGGUGCUGGUGAAACCUUAACAGCCCUUCAUGAUUCUCCUUGCAGAUCAUUAUGGGAGCCUUAUCUCCACGACUGUACUGAUGGCUCCCGAAUGACUUUUACUUAUGAGGUUAACGGAAUCCAAGCUACCCAAGAGGUCACUCGCCAAUUCGUGAAAGACGGUAACAUUUUUUAUGUCAUUGAAAAAGCUGACAACACGAUUAAAAAUAUUUUCAAAGUAGAGUCAAAGUCUAAAUACGGAAAAAUGAUGAGCUUUGUCUCUCAUUUUGGCUAUUUUGAAGAAAACAACUCUAUUGUAGGAAACCCAAGUUUAUUGGCAUGCUUGAAGAAUUAUGUAGAAUCAAAUACAAUUUACCUUUCAAAUCAACAAGUUUCAAACCAGACAACUGAUAAAGUAGACUCAGACUCUGAUGAGGAAGAAGAAACUAAAAUUGACGAUGGGCCAGGACUUGCAAUUACUCAGCCUAUCCCAGAUGAGAAAAAAGAAAUGAUUUUACAGCUAAAUAAUGAAGCUGUUAAAGCUAUGCAAGAAGCAGAAAAACUAGCAGCUGAUAGUGAAGGCUGGGAAGAAAUAAAAUUAAAAGUUAACACUGUUAAAGGUUCAAGAAGAAAAGCUGCAGGUGGCCUUUACAUCGUAAGAGGUGAAGGAGAUAUAAAUAGAUCAGCCAUUGAAGUAAUCGAAUAUAUCAAAGAUAUCAACCGCAAAGCAGAAUAUGAUGACAUGUUUGAAUCAGGCUACGUCAUUGAGAAAUUAACUGAUGAAAUGGAAAUUGCAUACCAAAAAUAUAAAAAAACUGGUCCAGUAUCAUCUCGAGAUCUAUGCUUGCUUCAAAGAAGGUUCGACUUAGAAGGCGGCAAAAUCGUUGCCAUCGCAAUGUCAACAACCCAUCCGAACUGCCCAGAAACCAAGUUUGUAAGAGCUCAUCUUUAUUUAGGCUGUUUUGUGCUAACUCCUGUGUCUCCUACAGUAACGCAUAUGGUUUACAUGAUAAAUGUUGACAUCAAAGGAUCAAUCCCUAAGUUCAUUAUAAACUCUGUUCAAUCUGAUCAAGCUUUGGUCGUCGAAAAGAUCAGAAAGAACUUAGCAGCUUAA